UGCAGCGCGGCCGACACUUUGGAACAUUCGACUUCUUCCCCGUGAAGCCCCCGCUUUGAUGGCUUUGGCCCGAUGUUGUGCGAAAGGCUGUGAGGGCUCAGCCGAGUCUGUGAGCUCCCCUGAGAGCAGGAGAGACGGCCCAGCUCCAGGCGAUUCCCCUCCCACUUUCCCCCUUCACUUGGGAGCCGGCCAGGCUCCGCGGGAACAGCCCACCCCAGGGCGCUGCGCGGUGCGGGGAAGUGAGGGGGUCGAGCUGCCUGCAAAGGCGCCAGGCGGAGGGCGGGCCAAGCUGCAGGGGUGCCGACAGGGGCAGCAGCCGCUGGCAAUGGCCCAGACACCCCGCAGGACCAGCCCCCGGGCUCCUGGGCGCGCAGGAUGAUCAGGUUGCCCCACAGGAAGCUGCACAAACUCUUCCUCAGGAAGGAGGAAGGCACCGUCAAGGAGAUCGACAUCAGCCACCAUGUGAAGGAAGGCUUCGAGAAGGCCGACCCUUCCCAGUUUGAACUGCUCAAAGUUUUAGGACAAGGAUCCUACGGAAAGGUGUUCCUGGUGCGGAAGACCAAGGGCUCGGACGCUGGCCAGCUGUACGCAAUGAAGGUCCUCAAGAAAGCUACCCUGAAAGUUCGGGACCGAGUGAGAUCGAAGAUGGAGAGAGACAUUUUGGCAGAAGUGAAUCACCCUUUCAUUGUGAAGCUUCAUUAUGCCUUUCAGACAGAAGGAAAGCUCUACCUGAUCCUGGACUUCCUGCGGGGAGGGGACCUCUUCAGCCGACUCUCCAAAGAGGUGAUGUUCACCGAGGAGGAUGUCAAGUUCUACCUGGCUGAGCUGGCCUUGGCUUUGGACCACCUGCAUGGCCUGGGGAUCAUCUACAGAGACCUGAAGCCUGAGAACAUCCUGCUGGACGAAGAAGGACACGUUAAGAUCACAGACUUCGGGCUGAGUAAGGAGGCCAUCGACCACGACAAGAGAGCCUACUCGUUCUGCGGGACGAUAGAGUACAUGGCGCCCGAGGUGGUGAACCGGCGGGGACAUACGCAGAGCGCCGACUGGUGGUCCUUCGGCGUGCUCAUGUUCGAGAUGCUCACGGGAUCGCUGCCAUUCCAGGGCAAGGACAGGAAGGAGACCAUGGCCCUCAUCCUCAAAGCCAAGCUGGGCAUGCCGCAGUUCCUCAGCAUGGAGGCCCAGAGUCUGCUGAGAGCCCUCUUCAAGCGGAACCCAUGCAACCGACUGGGCGCUGGCGUCGACGGAGUGGAGGAGAUCAAGCGGCACCCUUUCUUUGUGACCAUAGACUGGAACAAGCUGUACAGGAAGGAGAUCAAGCCGCCCUUCAAACCAGCGGUGGGCAGGCCCGAGGACACCUUCCACUUUGACCCCGAGUUCACAGCACGGACGCCCACAGACUCCCCCGGCGUCCCCCCCAGCGCCAACGCACACCAUCUCUUCAGAGGAUUCAGUUUUGUGGCCUCAAGUCUGGUCCAGGAGCCCUCACAGCAGGAUCUGCACAAAGCCGCGGUUCACCCCAUCGUGCAGCAGUUACACGGGAACAACAUCCACUUCACCGACGGCUAUGAGAUCAAGGAGGACAUCGGGGUGGGCUCCUACUCCGUGUGCAAGCGAUGUGUGCAUAAAGCUACGGAGGCAGAGUACGCCGUGAAGAUCAUCGAUAAGAGCAAGAGAGACCCCUCGGAGGAGAUCGAGAUCCUCCUGAGGUACGGGCAGCACCCGAACAUCAUCACCCUCAAAGACGUCUACGACGACGGGAAGCUGGUGUACCUGGUGAUGGAGCUGAUGCGGGGGGGAGAGCUCCUGGACCGCAUCCUGCGGCAGCGCUACUUCUCCGAGCGCGAGGCCAGCGACGUGCUGUGCACCAUCACCAAGACCUUGGACUACCUCCACUCCCAGGGGGUUGUCCAUCGAGACCUGAAGCCGAGUAACAUACUGUACAUGGACGAGUCUGGGGACCCCGAGUCCAUCCGAAUCUGCGACUUCGGGUUUGCCAAGCAGCUCCGGGCCGAGAACGGGCUGUUGAUGACACCCUGCUACACGGCCAACUUCGUUGCCCCCGAGGUCCUGAAGCGGCAAGGCUAUGAUGCAGCCUGUGACAUCUGGAGUUUGGGGACCCUGUUGUACACCAUGCUGGCGGGAUUUACCCCAUUUGCAAACGGACCGGAUGACACUCCCGAGGAGAUCCUGGCACGGAUCGGCAGUGGGAAGUAUGCUCUUUCCGGAGGGAACUGGGACUCAAUCUCCGAUGCAGCGAAGGAUGUCGUGUCCAAGAUGCUCCAUGUAGACCCUCAUCAGCGCCUGACAGCGGUUCAAGUCCUGAAACACCCGUGGAUCGUGAACAGAGAGUACCUGUCCCAGAGCCAGCUCAGCAGACAGGACGUCCACCUGGUGAAGGGUGCCAUGGCUGCCACCUACUUCGCUCUGAACAGAACUCCCCAGGCCCCGCGGCUGGAGCCGGUGCUGUCAUCCGGCCUGGCCCAGCGCAGGGGCAUGAAGAGACUCACGUCCACGAGGCUAUAGUGCGAGCAGGCCCUGCAGAGCGUCCUGGGCUGGCGGGCACCGGCCGGGGCUCCCGUCCCGGGCACUGCCAGGGUGACCAUGCCCGUCUCGAAGGCCCAGGAGCCUCCGCUUAUUCCACGUUCUCUUGUUCAGCCUGAAUGGAUCCAGACCGGAGACCUCCCAGCGCCUCGCUGUGCCAACCCUGCUGCCUCCCUGCCCCGAGCCAGCCAGACGGACUCACUUCACUGCACACCACCAUGAGCAGUGCCUGUAGGGUUCCUUCGGGCUCUGUAGGUCUUUUAUGAUCACGGCUUAUAUUUAUAUAGAGAGAUAUUUUUUCCAAUGUUAAAGCCAGUAAGGGGGUCAGGUUUCCGACACACACGUCCCCGCAAUUCGGGUGGGCGGAUGCGCUGACCGGCUCCCAGCACAGGCGCCCCCCCAACCCCAGGAGGGGCUGGCCUCUGCAGUGUGGUGUUGCCAGGAGGACGGGGUCAGCACAUGGUACCCAGGAGUAGAUGCCAGGUCCCCUCCAGUUGAUCCAAAGAGCCCUCGUCCCAUCGCCCUUCUUCCAGACUGAGGUGCUGGGUGUCGUCUCCAGGUCGCAGACCCACGCGGGGAAGAGCCCGGAACCAGCAGGUGGCAUCCUUGCUUUGGGAGAGCCUCUUUUCACAAGAAUGGCGCGUCCCUGGGGAGGAGCCAGCCACAGCCUGUGCCCCCUGCCCUGUGUUCUUGUCCCCCCAUGGCCGGGGCUGCAGGGCUGGGGGUCCACGCCCCCACCCUGGCUCUAGCGGUGGUCAAGGCCGCCCAGAGGUUCUGAGAGAGCGUGUUGGGCCCAACAGCUGUUCGGCUGGUCGAGGACUUCUGUCAUUCCCACGUGCUUUCAUCCCAAAGCGGUGUUUUUGCUGUGUUUGCCUUCCCCUCUCUGGGCCGCAGGAGUCCGCCAGCACGGGCAACCCUGAGCUCUGUUCCUCCCUUCCAGGCGCACUCCCAGCCCCACUGCAGCCAGGCCGGGGGACGGGAGGUCCUGCUGCCACGCUGGGGCCCGGAGAGGAGCCAGAAGAUGGGUGACCCGGGGCACCAUGCACUUUGUAGAAGCUGUGCUUUUGUGUUGCGUUUGUGUUUCUGUUUUUCACCUAAUGUUGCGGUGACAUUUGAUGUUUCCCACAGGGAGGGGUGCACACGGGAGGGGCCGUGCGCUUCUUAAAUGAAACCGGGACAGGCGGGGCACCCCUGCCGGACAGGAGGGGAGAGAGCCGGUGGCCCUCAGUGUCCUCCCCCAGCCCCAUUGGGGGAGCCCCCAGGCCGGCCCAGGACACCCCGCCGCCCUUGGCCAGAUGCGGGGCACCUGUGGUCCUCCGCCAAUCUCACUAGGAAGACCUGUUUCCUCAUUCUUCGUUCCCAUCUCAACCAGCCACACACCUCGAAAAGACAAAAACAAAAGCAACAUGUGGCAUCCUGGGCAUAACUGCUUAGCUUGUUCCAAGUGUGCUUGGACCUUAAACUAUAACCUUGUUUCAGAAGCGUUUGUUAUUCUGUGAGCCUCUCUCCCCGCUGGGAGAACCACCAGAAGGAAAGGUGGGGGCAGGGUGGCCACUGGCUUCCCUCCCACAAAGCCUCCUGAGGCAGCUCCCAUAUUUUCUCACUGGAAAUUGCUUUUCCCCAAGGCCACAAAGGCUUGGUUCCCAACAGUUUUGUUUUAGGUCUGAAUUAUUUGAUCUAUGAUUAGAAGCUUAGGAGAAACUGGAUAGCCCUUAGCUAUCAGUAGCUCACAAUAGCCGAUAGCUCAUGGUUUUGCCCUCCCAGGAAGCCACAGAGGUCAUCACACCUUCCGUCUGCUCCAGGGCUCCUGCGACCGCGGUGUGCCGCCCGGCUGCUGGUUUGCUCACGGAGAGUCCGAGUGCGGAGGGACGCAGGCCUGCGGACGGAGGAGCCCAGGAGCAACAGGGAGGGGGCCAGCGGGCGCUCUCUGCACACCGCCGCCCCUGCUCAUCCCCUCACUCAGUGCCACCACGCACACAGCCCCACCUGCCACUCCGGGAGGAGUCACAGAGCCACCUGGGGGCUCACCUCGCACCAAGUCGUGCCCUUAGCCAAGGGCGGGGGGCCGCAGCGGUGGAGGCAGAGACCCCACGGGCACCUGUCAGGAUGAACCAACUCUACUUGAAUGUCUGUCAGAUACCGCCACUUGGCACACCUUCUCCAGGACACAGCGACACUUGAAACCCUUCCAGAAAGUCAGCCUAGAGAAGUCGGUACCAGAGUUGAAACCCAGCUCCGAGGUCUUCAGUGGAAGAGCCAGUGGCUGUGCGUUCUGAGCAGUAUCAGUGUGGAGGAAGGGUGACUUCCCCUUUCACUUCCCCUGUGUGGGACUCCCCCGCCAGUCCUGAGAGGCUCCAGGGGCUUUGCACAGGCGGCCAGACCGCAGGGAGUCAGAUCGCUGCCCCACAGAUGGUGGAACCGUCCCCCUCCGGAUCACAGCCCCACAGACUCUCGUGAGAAAACCGAGCCCUGGCCCUCAGGCCUCCUCCCCCACCGCCCCACCGUCCCCCCAGGGAGCUCACUGUGGUCUCGCCCCCCUGCAAGUCCCCCUGUUGGACAGGAACACCUGUCUCACCCCAGCGGGGCCAGGGCUCUGCCGGAUGCCAUCCCCAAGUCAAAUUUGGGCAAGAGUGAGGUUUCAUCUGUAUCCUUAGGUCAGAUUGUCCGUGAUUUUAACCUAACUUUGUGUGUGUUGAUGCCCAGAAGAUUGUCCAACGUUUUAAACGAUAAUAGUGCUUCAUGGUAGCCAGUAUUGAUCAUUAAACGGUGUUGUUCCUGCAGCCGCGCGGUGAGACUUUGGCCUCACACUUGACUGAUUCUCUCAAGCACAUGAUGAACUUGAUUUGCACUCUGUUUUCCUUUCCAAGUGGUUUCGUUGCCCCUCCCUCUCCAAGAGUCCUUAAAAUUCCCGAGUGGAAAAGGACGCUGCAGCUCCCUGGUGGAGAGAAGACGGAGGAGCACCCAGCGUGGGUUUGCAGAGCCCGGGCGGAGCCGUGGGAGACGCGGACUCUCCGCCGCUGGUGGCCCGAGGAGCUUCCGACCCCGACCCGACUGGGCACUUUGUUUACAAUCCCGCGUCUGUGUUUAUAGGUCAUUAUGUUCGCGCUUUGUGUUUUAUGUUUGAGAUGGGCGGCCACUAUACAGAUAUUUAUUACGCUUUCCAGACUUUCUGAAUAGAUUUUUUUGAAUAAACAUGGGUUUUAUGAAGUGUAA